AUGAUCAGCAACUCCCUGACCUUCGCGCUGGGACCAAGACUGCUCAAACCUCAUGACGAGGACGAGCCUCAAAGCUGGAAGCAGGGUGAGAUGAAGGUCGAGGAGACUCAUCCUGGUGCAACGAAUGGAUAUCCAUAUAUCCAACGCGAGGACGACCAGGAGCAUGCUCACGAUGACGAGCGCGAUAACGAGGAUGAGCAACGUCGAGUCGACGAGGAGACCUCGUUACUACCUAAGCCCCUUAUCCAAGUCAGCUACAAAGCCGGAGACCGACUUUACUUCCGCACCAAACACUGGUGGGAUAAUCAGCCAAAGUGGAUACAGACACCACUUGAUAUCCUGUAUUCUUUCGUUAACGCACCAUUGAUUGGCGCAGUCAUCGGGGCGAUCAUCGGUCUGGUCCCGGCACUACACAAGCUCUUCUUCAGCGAGACGAACGAAGGCGGCUACUUCAACGCCUGGCUGACAACGCCGGUCCAGAACAUCGGGAGUCUGUUCGCCACGUUGCAAGUGCUAGUCGUAGGCGUGAAGUUGAGCCAGAGUAUGCGGAAGAUGAAACAGGGCGAGGAUAGUGGAAGAGUGCCGUGGAGUAUUGUCAGCUUUGUUUCGGUAAUCAGAUUCCUGAUCUGGCCUGCCAUCUCCAUCCCAAUCAUUUGGGUUCUAGCAAUCAAGACGAACUCUCUUGCAAACGACCCAGUGCUUUGGUUCUGCAUGAUGCUGAUACCGAUAGGGCCCACAGCCAUGAUCUUGGUGGCAUUGUCCGAUGUCAAUGGCAGUGAAGAGAGCGAGAAGAUGGCUAUUGCAAAGUUCCUGACCAUCUCAUACGCAAUUACGCCGUUGGUCUCCAUAGCGGUCGUCGGGGCGCUGAAAGCCACUGAGAGUGCCAUAGGAUAA